ACAUGAGCAGCAGCAGCAGCAGUGCCCCCACCCCCUCCCAGCCCCUAGCAGAUCAUCAUGCCUCGCUCUAUCAGUCUGUGCUGAUGCUAAGGGGACUGGGGGGAGCACCCUCUGCUUCCUCCCACAUCUGCACCGACAGCCCCAUCCAGCAGCAGCAGCAGCAGCAGCCCUGCACCUGAGCCUCCACUUUGCAUGUGCUGCUAGCCUGCCAGGGGCUUCCAUCCAGCUCCGCUCUGCAAGACCAGGACAAGCAGCACAAGAGGAGCUGGAUGCAUGAUCAGCUGCAGGAGAAGGGUAUGGAGGGGGCACAUGCCCAUCCGUUCAGUGUGAGCCUCCAUAGUCACAAUGCUGUGCACAGACUGUAAAAUACGAGAUCCGAGGCUGGCAUCAGUGGCAGCAUGGACUAUGAAGCUGCCCAGCUGGAAAAUCAACAUGUACACAGUGUGUAUGAAAGCACCGCCCCGUACUUCAAUGAAGUGCAGAGUAAAGCUUGGCCAAAGGUUCGACAAUUUCUGCUGGAGCAAAAGCCAGGUAGUCUCAUUGUGGACAUAGGCUGUGGUACAGGAAAGUAUCUCCGUGUGAACAGCGAUACAUACAAUUUGGGCUGUGAUUACUGUGAACCACUAGUGGAAAUUGGUAGGAAUAACAACCUUGAAGUCAUGGUUUGUGACAACUUGAAUCUCCCCUUUAGAGACCAGUGUUUUGAUACCGUCAUCUCCAUUGGAGUGAUUCAUCAUUUUUCCACUAAGCAAAGAAGAAUUCAUGCAAUAAAAGAAAUGGCAAGACUCUUACUUCCAGGUGGUCAAAUAAUGCUGUAUGUUUGGGCCAUGGAACAAAAGAGCCGUCGGUUUGAAAAGCAGGAUGUAUUUGUGCCAUGGAACAAAGCACUGCUGCCUCAACGUGCCUCGGAAACCAGCCAGUGGGAAGUUAGAGUCAACCCCGAUACUAAGUCACAUGACAUAACCCCAAAGCCUGUAAACCAGUGUGAGAACAUCAACUUACAUAACUUGAGACAGGCUAUUGAUUCUAAGCAAUCACACAACACUGGCAACUGCUGCAUGAAGUUUCCUAAUGAAGAAAACAGACUCUACAGUGCCAUAGGAAGGUCCCUUCGUUCAUGGUUCUUCUCUAGAUCUCUGGAUGAGUCCACCUUAAGUCGGCAGAUUGACAAGAUCAAGUCUCUCAGCCCUGUCAGUGGCUGGGUGAAUAGCACUGUAUCUGUUCAGCCUUCUCGACACUGUAGCCUUGACCUUGGACAUCAGAAGUUCCUACUAAAGGAUCACAGUUUUGAUGCCGAUGAGGUGUUUAUUAAAAAUGAAACGCACAAAAAGCAACAGUGGUUCCUAGCUUUAGACUCCUCAGGAAAUGGAAAGCACUGUGGUCUGAUCCAGAACGAUGCAAGAGAAACCUCCUUUCAGCCAGAAACCAACUACUGCAAUUGCAUUUGUAGCUAUGAAGGUGAAAAGUGUACCCAAAGCAAAAUCUUAAAGAGAACUUCAACCACAGAAUCAAGUGACUCAGUCUUGGAUGAGACUAUAGCUGCCAGCGACCAAGAGUCAGAUGCGUUUGACUCGAAGGCGUACAUGCGAUAUUAUCACGUGUUCCGUGACGGAGAACUGCGCAGUCUUUUGGAAACUGAUGUUCCAGAACUUCACAUCAUAAGUUCUUGUUUUGACCACGGCAACUGGUGCAUAAUUGCAGAAAAAAAGUAACCAAUUUUAGAUUUUAUUCCUAUUUACAUGAAGUCAUGGUUAAUGAGUACUGAUCGUAUAUUUUAAUGUCUUUUGUUUUUGUAUGGUAAGAAAACAUAAUAUUUUUGUUAUUUAUUUUAUUU